GUCUCCGUCAUGGACGAAAAAGAGAAGGCGGUUGAUCGCUCUGCGAACACAUCACCAGAGCACAAGCCAGACGUGGAGCUUGACGUUGGUAUCGGACGUACCUUGUAUAGGAGGGGUUGGUGGCAAUUAUGGCGGCCAAAAAACGCACCAUCGCCUGCGCCAGCCUCCUUAGACGAUGCGAAGCUCUCGCCUCUGGCGAAUGCAUCAUUCUUUUCUAUGUUGACUUACUCGUGGUUGAAUCCUAUGAUGGUCCUCGGAUAUCAACGAACUUUGCAAGCCACUGAUCUAUGGAAACUGGAUGAGACUCGACAGGCCGGCUUCCUUUCAGACAAACUCGAAGCUUCAUGGACCUAUCGGACUCAAGUUGCCGAUGAGUGGAAUGCGAGGCUUGCAUCUGGCGAAAUUCGACCAAGCCUACUGAAGCGUACGGGGUGGAAUCUACGCUCGCUGGCUCAUGUCACCGAAUAUUCAAAGACGAGGGCACAGCUGGAGAAGCAGUGGCUGGAGUUCGGCGGGAGGAGGGAGCCUAGUCUCGCAUGGGCCCUCAACGAUGUUUUUGGCUGGCGAUUCUGGUCCGGCGGAUUGUCCAAGGUCAUCGGAGACACGUCGCAGCUCAUGACCCCCUUGUUGAUUAAGGCAAUCAUCAACUUUAGUGAGGACCGCUCUAGCGCCCAAGCCAGUGGAGAAAGUGUUCCCAGUAUCGGACGAGGCGUUGGCAUGGCCAUCGGUCUUCUCAUUCUCGUCAUCAUGUCUAGCGUCUUCCAGCAUCAAUUCUUCUGGAGAUCGAUGAUGACUGGUGCGCUUGUGCGUGCUACCUUGAUUACUUCAGUGUACAACCGUGGUGUCGUCCUCACGCCAAAAUCGAGGACCUCGUUCCCAAACUCGAGGCUGCUGAACUAUAUAUCGUCGGAUAUUAGUCGUGUCGAGCAUGCAGCUCAGUGGUUCGUAACAGCUUGGACCGCGCCCAUCCAGACCAUCGUCUGCCUCAUCAUCCUCUUAGUCCAACUCGGCCCUUCGGCAUUGGCUGGAUUUGCUUUGUUCGUCCUAAUCAUCCCACUCCAAGAGCAAAUUAUGUCCGCGCAGUUCAAAAUGCGGAAAGAUUCGGUACAAUGGACAGACAAACGGGCGAAACAAAUUCUCGAGAUUCUGGGUUCCAUGAGAAUCGUCAAGUACUUCACAUACGAAGUGCCCUUUUUGCAGAGAAUUUUCUUUAUACGAAAGAAGGAACUCAAUGGUAUUCGUAAAAUACAGUUUGCGCGUUCUGCAAAUGUGGCCCUAGCCUUCAGUUUGCCCGUCCUCGCUGCGACGCUCGCGUUUGUGUGUUAUACGGGUACAUCCCACGCUUUCAACUCUGCCAUCAUAUUCUCGUCGUUCAGCUUGUUCAACCUGCUCCGUCAACCUAUGAUGUUCUUGCCUCGUGCGCUUUCGGGCAUAACAGAUGCUCACAACGCACUCAACCGCCUCACCGAACUUUUCCAUGCCGAUAUUAUGCCGGAUCAUCCCCUCACCAUAGACCCUGCACUCAAAUUCGCUGUCCAGGCGAAGAAUGCUACCUUUGAAUGGGAGGAAGCGCAGAAGGAAACCGACAGCAAGAAAUCGGGGAAGAGCAAGGAUAAGCUCAAGGAGAAAGAGAAGGAAAAGAACUUGAAGGUGGAAGCGGGAUCUACGGAGAACGUGCAGAACGAUAGACGGCCGUUCAGGGUGGAAGACAUAUCGAUGGGCGUCGAAAGAGGCACUGUGUGUGCAAUUGUCGGGCCUGUCGGUUCUGGAAAGUCGAGUCUUCUUCAAGGCAUGAUUGGUGAGAUGCGGCGUGUUAGUGGGGAUGUCACCUUCGGGGGUCGCGUUGGGUACUGUCCCCAGACAGCGUGGAUCCAAAACGCUACUUUGAGAGACAACGUUCUCUUCGGCCAGCCUUGGGAUGAAGAGAAGUAUUGGAAGGUCAUUGAGAACGCCUCGCUUCUCGCUGAUCUUGACAUGCUCCCUGCCGCUGAUCUGACCGAAAUCGGAGAAAAAGGAAUAAACUUGAGUGGCGGCCAAAAACAACGCGUCAGCAUCGCGCGAGCCCUCUAUUUCGACGCUGACGUCGUUCUUCUCGAUGACCCCCUGAGCGCGGUAGACUCACACGUCGGACGAGCGCUAUUCACACAUGCCAUUCUCGGGGCUCUUCGCGGGCAGGGCAAGACCGUCAUGCUCGUCACUCAUGCGCUUCAUUUCCUGUCGGAAGUUGACUACAUCUACACCCUCGAGAACGGCCGAAUUGCUGAACACGGAACCUAUGAUUAUCUUAUGGAGCGUGACAGUGAAUUCGCGAGGCUCGCCAGAGACUUCGGUGGCCACGACAAUGCUGCGGAGAGGAAGAGGGACGAAGAGCCGGAGGCGAAGCAGGCGACUGAGGCGGUUGAAGAGGCGGCACCGGACGUCGCUCCCGCCCACGCAUUAGAUGUCGCAGAUGUGAAGGAGAAGUCGAGGAGAAAAGAUGACCAUGUGAAAAACAAGUUGGAGGGUCGUUUGAUGGUGGCCGAGAGGCGAGAGACCGGGUCUGUAUCGUGGAAGGUUUAUGGCGAAUAUUCGAAGGCUGGAAAAGGCUAUGUAAUGGUUCCACUCAUCCUCGUUUUGUCCGUUUGCAUGCAAGCAUGCCAAAUCCUGAACUCGUACGCCUUGGUCUGGUGGCAGGGAAAUACGUUCAACCAUUCCCAGACCUUCUACCAAGUCCUCUACGCCCUGCUCGGCAUCGGCCAAUCGUUAUUCCUCCUUGUUCUUGGCAUGUGUCUCGACUUGAUGGGCUUUUGGGUAUCUCAGAACUUGCAUCACAAGGCUCUGACUCGGAUUUUCUACGCACCGAUGUCAUACUUCGAUACCAAUCCUCUCGGUCGAAUUGUCGGUAUUUUCGGCAAGGACUUCGAUUCCAUCGACGAUCAACUUCCAGUCUCCGUGAGGAAUACCGUUAUCAUCGUUGCUAUGAUGUUUGGUUCUCUCAUCCUCAUCGUCAUUGUUGAACAAUGGUUCCUAAUCGCCCUGCCAUUCCUCGUCCUCGGUUACGGAUAUUUCUACCACUUCUAUCAAACGAGUGCCCAAGAAGUGAAACGUCUGGAUGGCAUGUUACGGUCAAUUCUUUACGCCCACCUGUCGGAAUCUCUCUCUGGCUUGUCCACCAUCCGGAGCUACGGCGAGGUUGCUCGUUUUGUGCGCGACAGCAAGUACUUCGUCGACCUGGAAGACCGAGCUCUCGUUCUCACUGUCACGAAUCAACGGUGGCUGGCGAUCCGUCUUGACUUCAUGGGCUCUUUCAUGGUCCUGAUCAUCGCCCUCCUGGCCGUGACCGAUGUUUCAGGCAUCAACCCUGCUCAGAUCGGUCUCAUUCUCACGUAUAUCACCUCACUGGUACAGGCCUUCAGCGUGGUAACUCGUCAGACCGCUGAGAUAGAGAAUUACAUGAAUGCAGUCGAAAGAGUGGCACAUUACACUCGUUCCGUAGGAGGUGUGCCCCAGGAAGCGGCCUAUGAGAAGCAGGACGUCAAGCCUCCUAGCGAGUGGCCGUCACAAGGGGCGGUCGAGUUCAAGGAUGUCAGAAUGUCGUAUAGACCGGGUUUGCCUGAAGUGCUGAAAGGCAUUACCAUGAGUGUACGGGGAGGAGAGAAGAUCGGUGUCGUCGGACGAACUGGAGCCGGAAAGUCGACGUUGAUGUUGGCUUUAUACCGUAUCGUCGAGCUCAGUUCCGGGAGCAUCAACGUUGAUGGGAUCGAUAUCUCCACGCUUGGUCUCAGGGAUCUUCGGAGAGCGAUUAGCAUCAUUCCGCAAGAUCCUCUACUUUUCUCGGGCACAAUCCGCUCCAACCUUGAUCCCUUCUCUGUCUACUCUGACGCCCAUCUCUGGGAUGCCCUCCGACGCUCGUAUCUUGUCUCGCCAACUACCGAGAACACGGCUGACGCGGGGAAGUUUGGUUUGGACACGGUCAUCGAGAGCGAAGGGGCCAACUUGUCGGUAGGAGAGAGGUCGUUGUUGAGUCUUGCGAGAGCAUUGGUAAAAGACAGCAGGGUUGUUGUGUUGGAUGAGGCUACAGCAUCGGUAGAUUUGGAGACAGACGCGAAGAUUCAGAGGACCAUCCAAACGCAGUUCCACGAUCGCACUCUUCUCUGCAUUGCUCACCGAUUGCGAACAAUCAUUAACUACGACCGUAUCCUCGUCAUGAGCGAUGGCCAGAUUGCUGAAUUCGACACGCCCGUAAACCUCUUCAACAAACCCGACGGGAUCUUCCGUGGAAUGUGCGACAGGAGCGAUAUCUCGCUCGCGGACAUAGAGAAGGGAGAGAUUGAGCUCGAGCGGCUCUUGGCGGAUGCGCGAGAGGAGGCGGCGACGGAAGCGGCGUCGGAGCCAACUACGAAGGAAUAGAGGAGCGCUAAUUCUGGAAUGACUCCGAUUCCCAGGACUUUUCUCUGUCGUGUUCAGGUUCUUUGUUUUGAUCUCUGCUUUCUGUGUUACGAUCGUGACGUGUAUCAUCUGGUUCGUUUCUCUCUAGCUUCACUAUGGAAGCCUAACUUUAGCCUGUGUACUUAACGAAAUAACGC